AUGUCGUCCCUCAAUGGCUCCUACACGGCGACCUUGAGUCCCACGGUCGCUUCUUCCGAGACCACCGCUACAUUCCCACCACAUAUGCUCGCGAGCUCCAUCUCGUCUCUAUCCUCAUCGACCUCAGCGCGCCAUACCUCGCAAAUCUCAAAGACCUACCGCCAGGCUUCGACUCUCUUCCUCACCCGCCGUCUACCCGAGGCACUAUCCACCAUCUUGCCAUUGAUCACCCCGCCCUCGGGACAGUCGGAGAACGGCGCAGGCGAACCAGCGCCCGUCGCCAGGGCAUCGCGAUCCACGAGGAUCAAGGUCUGGAGCUUGUACCUGACGACGCUCAACGCCAUCGUCGAACUGGAGCCAGACGAAGGGAAGGAUGCGUUUGGGAGCCAAGAGUGGAGAGCGCUGUGCACCAAAGUCAGGGAAGGAGACAUUUGGGAGGAGGUCGUACGCAACGGAUACCACGGCGUCGAGAGCGACGUCGAUUCGGACGUUGUCAUUAAUCUCGCAACACUUUUACUAGCCCACGCCCGGACACAAGAAUUGAACCAAAGGAAGCUCGAGAGCUAUCUCGCAGCCGCCACAUCACCAAAUCUGGACUUCUCCAAGAGAUUUUCCGACUCGCCGUCGCCGUCACCACGGCUGAACCGGCAUAGGUCUCCGGCGAAGGCCACCAGCGGAGCGGAUACACCGAGGGAUCUGAAUGCUAGGGUCAAGAUCCUCGAGCUGUACACGCUCCACGUACUUAUCCGCAAUAAUGAGUGGGAUUAUGCCCGAGAGUUUAUCAGCGUCAGCUCGGUACUAGACGAUGAGCGCCGCGAGGCGUUUUUGCAAGCUCUGCAAAGCCUGCAGGAGGAACAGCAGGAAGCCGAGAGGCGAGAGACGGAAGAGCGACGCGAGCAGGAAGAACAGCUUCGGCGUGAUAUUGAGGAGGCGAAGAAGUUGAGAGCCGAGAAUGAAGAGAGGGAACGACGGAGAUUAGAGGAAGAGAGGGCACGAAGAGAAGGCGCCGAAGGGGACUACGGCAUCGAAAAGACACCGAGUAAAGCAGGCUCGAGUAAGGCGGGGUCAAGCAAGGGACGUCACGCCAGGGCCGUUUCCAACACAUCAGGGUCCAACUCUAAUUCGAAGAUGCCCGUCUCUAGGGCAAAAGGGAAAUCUUCAGCUCCGCCGACCUUUGGAACGAGGGCGUCAAUGGUCAUCUCUCGGAUGCGCGAGGUGAUUGACCAGCUGGGAGCAUCAUUUAAGACGAACCCGAUGCUGCUGAUGCGGCUCGUGGCCUUUAUUUUGGGGUUGGUCGUCAUGUUUGGGCAGAAGAACGUCCGCGAACGGAUACAGCGAGUGCUUGGUAAUGGUUGGAACAAGGUCAAGGCGACCGCGGGAAUGGGAGUCAAGGCGACGCAGGGACUAGUACGUCGCCGUCCGAUUGGUUUUCUUCUGGUAGAACAGGUCGGUCCUGGAGCUGCCGAGGUUUAUAAUCUUGGGGCACCCGUCGCGGUCCUUUUCGAGGCGCGUGCACUCGAAGCAGUAAAAGGCGUCCGAGAUGCCCUCGCCGCCGCAGACGACGCACUUGUUCUGGUAGUUUCCGAACGAGCACUCGUCGCAGAUGCGGACGAGGGUCGUGGGGCGGACGUAGGAGUCGCAGACGGGGCACUUGCCGUCGCACUUGUCGCAGAGGCGGCCGAUGGCGAUGCCAGCUUGCUUGCGGCACAUUACGAGAUCGCUGGCGGGAGUUGUUUGGUGGAAGCUGUCUUGCGGGUCGCGGGAGGUGAUGGUCGCAAGUCGCAGCUUAUCGUACCCUCUCUUCACCAGGAACCUUUGAAGAAAAGACGUCUGCGCCUGUCAGCCUCGCCACUUCUUCCUCUCGGUUCUCUUUCGGUCAUUGGUGCGGACCCUCGUCUGAUCCGACCAAAGUGGGGUAGUCUGUGGGUUCGUCCCUCCGAGUGGCUGGACCCCGCUGACAAACCUCAGCCUUGGAGCUCGGGUUGGAGCUGUCAAGCUCCGCGAUACCUCCCAUGGGAUCGAGGCGCAUUCAAUUCCCUUCGUGCACACCGCAUUCCUUCGCGAUCGGUCUUUUUUGAGAUUUUCGCCGAGCAGACUGCGACUGCGACGGUGGGAAGCGACAUCAUCAUGGCCACUGUUACAGAGUACAACAAAACCGGCUCCCUUCGGACCGAGCAAGAGAAGCUUACAGAUUCCAGGGCACCUGCUGAUACCAUCAACCCCGAAUCCGCGAGCUCUGAGAUGGAGGUUACACAAAAACGGAAAGCGUCUAUAGACUCCCUUGAUGGGGCGGAAGAAUCAUCAAAAAGGGCAAAAUUCGAUGAUGGCGAUCACGGCGACCCACCUACACAGGAUUCGACACAGGACUCGAGGCCGCGCGACGAAGAUUCCCGAGCCACCGCUCGACGAGCGCCUUUAUCAAGGGAUGAAGAGAAGAAGCGGGGUAAGCGUCUGUUUGGAGGUCUUCUGAGCACCCUCAGCCAGACCAACUCCAGCUCGCAGCACAAGAAGAGGAGGGAGAUUGAGCAGCGACAGCAGGAGAAGGCGCAGAAGCAGAGGGCAGAAGACGAAAAGAGACGGACAGAGAAGCUCGCGCGGAUCACCGAGGCGCGGUGGAAGGAGCAAAUCUUGUUUGACGAGAAAGUCUACUAUCGACCGUGGAAGCUUACCAAAGAACAAGAAGACGAGAUUGACGACCAGGUGCAAGACGCUAAGAACACCAUCGCGAGAGAACUCGAAGCGUUCAAAGAUCGGAAGGAAGAACACGAGAGACGCCACGGCCGUGCCAGGCCGCCGACCACGGCCCAGGAGGAGCUUGUGCCAAUGGUCACAGAAGAACAACCAGCAGAGGCUCCGCCAGAGGUUUCUGCUGAUGCUCCCGCAGCUACCGACCACACAGCUGCGUCUUCCGACAGAGACAGACAUGAGCGGGACACACACGACGAACCUGGUGAUGUCGUUGAAAACGACGAGGAUAUGGUUAUCUACUAA